GAGGUAGCCUCUCCUAGGCUUUGUCUGUGAAUUUGACCGAGACAUAGCCUGAUUGAGGCUAACUUUAGCCUUAGCACCACACUCAUCUCGUUUUAAACGAGCAAUUAACUUGAAACGCGUAGUGCAGAAAGUAAUCGUUCCUUCACUUUUAUGCACGGUUGGUGGCAAUGUUUGUCACAUUCCAUGCAGAACCUGUAAACUUUUAAUUAUUUUAAUAUGCUUUAUUAGCAUAACCUUUACUAGAUUUUUCUUAUCACCUCACAGCCGGGCCAUAAAUUUAAUAAUUGUAUGUAAAUUGGCAAAUUAAGGCGUCUUUAUUAAUGAACUUAGCUUUCUCGAGUGAUUUUGUGCCAGAAAUUUUGCAUAAGAUGUUGCAACUGCAUUUGAAAGUGCACGCUUCUUAUCGGAUUAGUCGUGAUUUUGUGCAUCUUCGAAUGUCGUAAUAUCGUCAAUUAGAAAUUAUUAUCCAACUUAUGUUUACCUUCGAGAAAACUUCAACACAAAGCUGUAGUGAAAGUGCAAGAAAUGCAAAUAAAUCACCGAUGGGGGGAUGGUUCUGGCGGGAAGCAUCGUCAUGUUGGGGAUAGGUAUAUAAACAUUUUCUUUAAACAGCGACCAGAGUGAUGUCAAAAUCAUGCGAGUGAAAGCUCAUUGCGACCCAAAAAAUCCACACGUGCUAAGUGCAUACGCUUGAAACUUUGGCGGUUAGAUGAAGGAUAAUGUUAAGGAUCGUAGCUGUAUCAGUCGUUUGUUUCAUUUUAACUGAUUGCCACAAAAUUUACAAGAGAUGGGUGGAUAUAGAAAACGCAACUUUUACGUUUGACUGCACGAACAGAGCCAUCGGCUUUUAUGCCGAUGUUGAAUACGACUGCCAAAUCUUCCACAUGUGCGACCCGGAAGGACGAAGGAUACCGCACGUGUGCGCAAACGACACCAGUUUCAACCAGGAGUACAGGGUUUGCGACUGGGAGAACAAUUUCGACUGCUCGGAAGCUCCGAAAUGGUACUUUUUAAACGAGCUCACCUACGCCACCGAUCCUCCAAAGGACGUCGAGGACGAUUACCACGACAACAAUUAGAAUAAGAACCUCCGGCCAUGAGUUAACGUUCUCGUUAUUUAAAUUAUUGUAAUAAAUUAUGAGUGUAAUAAAUUGAAUAUGCGCGUACAUUAGUGAUUAAUAAUUGUGCACGCGAUUUCCAAAAACUGGAUAAAUCGUCUAUUUCCUGCCGUACAGAUGUCCUGCAGCUGCAGUUCUUCCUGCUUUUAACAGAUGCCACUAGUCUUGAGCAUGGCAUGUGCAGCGGCUAACAGUAAUUAGCUGUAGAAGGAGAAAAUAAUUUCUAUUAUCUGUUCAUGGUUGAUGUGGUAGCACCGACUCUCUUCGUAAACUAUCGCUCAUCAUUCACCUCUCUCCAAUGUUCGCAAUUCUUCAAAGUGCUCACUUAACAUUACAUCAGUCAUGUUUCGGCGUUUUACACGCUUUGUCAUGGGCGGUUCAUGAAAAAUUCUCCAAGUGUUUGAGCAGAAUUGUGUUAGUAUGCGACGACUGAGCUUUCGGUGCGCAAAAUGUUGAAAGACGUUGUCGGUUGGGGUUUAUCGGGGGUUUAGCGGAUCGAACAUGAAGACAUACAUUCUUCUUGUGACGCUACAAAUAAUCAUCUUCUGUCACUGGAGUUCCGCCUCGAGCACCGGGCUAGAACAGAGGAAAUCAUCAGCAAUCGUCAAUUUAAUAACCCGGAGAUUGAGGCACGUGUGGGCAUGGAUCUGGAAUAAGGAAGACCAAGACGAUCUAAUGGGUCGCUGCUUUGGGGUGGCUCGCAGAUUGAAGUUCGCCAUGCCGAUGAUAGUUUUUAAAUUAGGUGUAAUUGUUACCAUUUUGGCAUUCCUGACAAUCUUCUCGUUGAAGAGUUUGGGUCUUUUGUUGCUUUUGUUGAUGCUUCAUUCUAGCGGAAUUGCGGCCAAAUGGACUCACAUGAAAUACGCUUCGUCGAAGCAAUGGACGCAACCGCAGAAUGUGCAUUUCCAUUUACAUUCAAAAGAUCAUGCAAAAGAAGGGCAUUAUGUCAGUCAUUCGGAGUAUGGACAUCCGUGGUACGAGAAGAAUGACGUCGGUGAUACAGAGUAUGAGAGUCUGGAGGACAGGCUCAAGAAACUUAACAUUUAUGAUAGUCAUUAUCGAAAACUGUAAUGUGAAUUUUUAGGAAAUUUUUAAUUUAUUUAUUUCUUGUAGAUUUUGUAGAUACUUCUAUUUAAAUAUACAUUAAAGACUGUC